UCCAACAUGGCGCCGUAGGGACGUUGUUAUUGUUCAGUCGCUUCUUCCCCAGCUCUCUCUCUGCUCUCCGACGGAACACUCCGCGGACAGGCGGCCGGGCCGUGUUCGCGCGGGCAUGAGAGAGACGUCCGGGCACAAUGUUGAGAUCAACCGGCUUCUUCCGAGGCAUCGACUGCCCGUUCUACCCGGAGAACAGCGAGGGCAAAGGGGGCAGGAACGGGUGUAACAGACCGUACUGCCACUUCAGGCACAGCCAGCAGCGGCGGCCGUCCUACGGGAGCCCGGCGGCGGCGGCGGCGGCGGCGGAGGGGCCGAAGAAAAGAGACCUCCAUCCCGGGAAGAAAGAACAAGGUUACGACCCCUUCAACCCGGAGGUCGUGAGACCCCAAGCGCAGGAGAAUGGGACGUCCUCUGACUCGGGCGACCUCAGCGGCGCUCUGGACAUGGUCAACAAGGCCAUCGAGGAGGUCCGCGGCGAGGUGGAGCGGGAGAAGAGGAAGCUCUCCCGCAUCGGGGACGAGCCGUACGACCCCGGCCAGAGGAAAAAAGCGUCUUCGCCGAAAGCCGUUAAGAGCAAGAAAAAGCCAGCGUCGCACAUGGCGUACGACCCCGGCAGCUACCAGAUGACGUCCGGAGGUUACAACCCGACGCCCGGCUGCAGUAAGUACACGCUGGAUGCAGACGCCGCCGGGAACAACAGCAGCUCCAUGGAAUACGUUCCCACGGCGGUGAGAAAGCCUUUGUCCCGGAAACACGCGCCGUCCCCUCCCCCGAGUCCGAAGUACUCCAGCAGCACGUCCUCCCCGAAGGUCAAAUACACGCUGGACAACUCAAAGCCCUCCACGGACAUGGAGUACGACCCGCUGUCCAACUACUCGGCGGGAAUCGCGGCGAAGAGCAAGAAGGAGCGCGGCGGCGGCGGGAAAGACGUCAAGACGGACGGGAGGAAGACGCUCAAGCUGCCGCCGUACAUCGACCCCAAGAAGUACACGUUCUCCGAGUCCGACGGGGAGAGCUCCGGGACGGAGUACCGGCCCUACCUGCUCAGCAGCCUCCAGCAGAGGAAAGGCCACCGGGGGGCGCCGUGGAGCGGCGUGGGGAAGGAGAAAGAAAAGGAGGCUUCGGAGGAGGAGGAGAAGAAGAAGGUGGCGGGGGGGGCCGGUCACACGAGUCGUGAGAAAAGCGGCAAAUUUGAGAACGCGGUCGGAAAGGUCGCCAACAAAACAAGCGGCGGCGGCGGCCGAGACAAAGGGUCGACGAAGACCUCCAACAAGGACUACGCGAAGAAGGAGAACAAGAGUCACGGGAAGAGAGACGAGAGGAACAACGCCGCCGGCAAGACGCCCGAUAAAGACAACAAGAGAUCAGAGGAAAAGAUCAAACGGGAGGAGAAAGUCAAAAUGGACUCGAGCAAACGAGAGAAGGAGGCAGGAAACGGUGCGAGGGAGAGCAAGAAAGCCAAGAUCCUCGAGAAGGGGAGGAGCAAGGAGAGCAACGGCCGACCGGAGGGCAGGAGGAGAGAAAAGGAGGUGAAGAAGACGAGCAAGAGCAGUUCGAGCGUCGGCGUGAAGGGGGGCGCCGCACACGGGAAAGACCGAGCGAAGCCCGACGCGAGCUCGGCCAAUGGGAAGAGGCGAGGGGAGAAGCGGCGGAGCGCCAGUCUCAGUCACGCCGAUCUGUUUGGAGACGAGAGCCCGGAGGAGGCCGCCGCCGACGAGGAAGACGAGGAAGAGGAAGUGCUGGUGAGGAAGUCUGCGGACGCGUUGAAGAGAGGGAACAAGAGGAAAGCGUCGGAGCUGACGCCCUCUUCCUCCGACGAGGAGGAGGAGGAGGAGGAGGAGGCGGGUCACGCCGACUUCGACUUCUCGGGUUUCCAGGACCUGGACCUGGACUCUGACCCCAUGGAGGAGUGCCUGAGGAUCUUCAACGAGUCCAAAGACGUGAGGACGGAGGACAAGGGCAGGCAGCUCAAACAGCCCUCGCGGCUCUCGGAGGAGGAGGGCGGUGCCGAGGCGGCGCUGACCACGCUGUUCCCCGGCCAGAAGAAGAGAGUCUCGCACUGCGGCGCCAGAGGAAGCUCCGACCCUCCGUCGGCGGCGUGGCCCAACAAGAGGCUCUCGGCCCAGGAGGUCUGCUACCGGCGGCUGCAGACGGCUCAGCAGCAGGCGGCUCAGCUCUCGGCCCACGUGACCUCUCAGAGCUCCUCUUCCUCCUCCUCCUCUUCCUGCUCGGGGGAGAGGAGGAGACUCGCCCACCGGCCUCAGGCCACGCCCUCCAGAACCGGUCCUGCGGUGGCCAGUAGGCUGGCCUCCUCCAGCCGGACCCAGCAGACCAUCAAGGCCCAGACCACCGCCGGCAUCCUGCCCAAGACCAUGUCCACGGUCCUGCAGAGGAGGGUGGCCCACACCCCCACCAUGAAGAGCGGCUCCAUGACGCGGCCCACCAUCCCCAUCGAGUUCGGGGCCAAAGUUCCGAACAACGUCCGCCAGCGCUACCUCCAUACCUUCAUCGACGAGUGCGUCAAGUUCUGCCCGUGAUCAAUAGAUGUUGUGUCUCAGGCGCUGGACGAGGAGAAGCUGGUGUAUUCUCGCAGCAGCAGUAAGAACAUCUACCUCAAUGUGGCCGUCAACACUCUGAAGAAACUCCGGAGCAGGAGCACUUCCUGUCCCGCGCCUGCACCCAAGGAUCCGGGGUCAGGGGCCAACAAGCGGGUCCAGUCCCAUGAGGAGGUCCUCGGAGGCCGAGCUGCCGCCACCACGAGUUUCACCGUCAACCGGAUGGGCAAACAGCUGGAGGAGAAACUCACCGGCGCCACGCUGUUCCGGAAGCUGAGCUCCUACCUGCUGACGGAGGAGCAGCUGCAGGACAACGGAUACCCGAGGACCAACCCGGAGGCCCCGGGCAAGGCCGCCAUCUUCAACCAGCCGGAGAGGAAGCCCGUCACGGACCCCCUGAAUAAGGUGUGCUGCCGCUGUGGAGCUGAGUAUCGGAUCAAUCUGAACGGCAGCUGUGUCCGGAGAGAGGAGUGCUGCUUCCACUGGGGGCGAUUGCGUAAGAAUAAAGUCGUUGGCGGCUGGGAGACGAACUACAGCUGCUGCGCCGCCUCCAUCGGGGUCCCGGGGUGCCAAGUUUGCAAACAACACGUCCAGGACGGCCGUAAAGAGUCGUUCGAUGGCUUCGUCACCACGUUCAGUAAAGCUCUCCCACCGGACGGCAACGGGGGGGUGUUCGCUCUGGACUGUGAGAUGUGCUACACCAAGCAGGGCCUGGAGCUGACCCGGGUCACCGUCAUCGACUCGGAGCUGAAGGUCAUCUACGACACGUUCGUGAAGCCCGACAGCAAAGUGGUCGACUACAACACGCGGUUUUCCGGCGUGACGGAGGAGGACCUGGAGAGCGCCAGCAUCACCCUGAGGGACGUCCAGGCCGUGCUGCUCAGCAUGUUCAGGGCCGAGUCCAUCCUCAUCGGACACAGCCUGGAGAGCGACCUGCUGGCCCUGAAGCUCAUCCACAGCGUGGUGGUGGACACGGCCAUCGUGUUCCCUCACCGCCUCGGCCUGCCCUACAAACGGGCCCUGAGGAACCUGAUGUCCGAGCACCUCAAACGCAUCAUCCAGGACAACGUGGACGGCCACGACUCCAGUGAGGACGCGUCCGCCUGCCUGGAGCUGAUGUUCUGGAAGAUCAAGGAGGACGCCAAGGUCAAAAGAUGACCUCCGACCCCUCUGCUCCACUUCCUGUCUUCAAGUUGGGGGGGGGCAGAUGUUCAGGUCCCAGUGUCGGCGGAGGGGGCGGGGCUUGUGGCCCCCUGCUGUACUGCCAGUCCCUUCAUAAGCAAUAGAAGCCCAGAGGCCACGUCUGUAUUUCACUCUGUAAAUAAUGCCCCUUGUGGUCGUUCUGAGAAGUGUCUCUUUUUUUUUUUUUUUUUUUUUUUUUUUUAAAGCCUCAAAGAAUUUAAUAAUCACCCUUUUCUAUAGAAGAAGAUUUGAUAUCACGUCCGGCUGAUUUGCACUACGCUCGCGUCGUCUUAACCGCUAACCAAUCACAGGCCGCCUGCUCUCAGCCCGGAGCGUCUCAUUGGUCGACCGAUCCCGUAACACGGGAUCUCGUCCGCUCGCUCCUCAUUGGUCGAGGCGGUGACGGACGUCUCCGUGUUGGAGCUCCUCCUCCUCAGCGGCUCUCGUGACGACCGCGGCGUCGCCGUGACGACGAGUUUGUUCCUCCGUAAAGACUCAAGUGGGCGGAGCUAGUCGUGGUUAUUAAUGACUGAGUUCCAUGUCUGGUUUUAUGUUGAAAGACUGAAUAAUAUUUGGUGCUGUACAGACUCCGUGUUCCUCUUUUGUAUUUGUUCAUUUAUUUUGGUUGUUUAUCUUUUUGUAUUAAAAGAUAAUAGUUACAAAAAGAA